UUUUUUGUUUUAGACACCAACGAAUGUUCUACCAACUCUCAUAGCUGUAACGUAAAUGCGGUGUGUGGCAAUACUCUGGGUUCUUACACAUGCGCUUGCAAACCAGGAUACUCGGGUAAUGGAAGAACAUGCUCUGGUAAGUUGAAUAGUGUAAUUUAAAAACAAAGUGUUUAUGCUAAAUUUGUCUUUAGCAGUAUAUGAAGCAAUUACUCCACGCAAAAACUCACAAAAUCUGAUGACACUAUUGUGUGUAACCCAGUUAAACAGGCAACGAUGGGUAUUCAUAAAAAAAUACAUCAAACUAAAAGCUAAAAUACACCAGAUGAAUUUCUAAAAAUAUAUCUAUUCCAUAAAGUUGUAAAAGAUAAUUUAUACAACAGGAUAAAUUAUAGUUAAUGUGAUAACCAUAAACCCGCCCUUACCAGUAAUGGAACCAGCUCACUUCCUUUCAGGGAUCACUUCCGGCAUGCAACCGCUGUCACACUAUUUGUUUCGCUCAGCCAAUUAGAUGCCAGCUAUCACAUGUACAGUUGAUGCCUAUAUUUUCGCGCCUAGCUCAGCAAAAUAGCACUUCAUAUUCUUCUCUUCGUGAAACAAAAUCCCAUCCCACCCUCCCUUAUUACUGCUUGAUUCUCUCUGCUGGUUUUUCUUAAGGUUUUAUAUAUGAGGUCUUUUCUCUUGCUUGGGAAUUUAAGAAGCUGCUUAUACUUUUUGCAAUCAUACGAACUACUGAUCUUUGUUGUUUACACUUUGAAUCAAUUGGCAAUUGUCAAGAAGAUAUGGCAGAAAAGAGGUGGGGUUUCUACUGAGGGGAAUCAUUCUACCAGGCAUCCUAACAUGCUUGUUCACUUAGUUACUUUGGGCCUUAUUUUGAUUAUUAAGUUGAUAAAAGUUUAAUUGUCAUUUACUUACAACUUCUUUUAAUAUAUUUUCGUCUAACCUCUCUCCCUCGAGGUUCAUGUUAAGUGUCUGGCUCCGCGUUCGGGAGGGUUCAGGUUUCCCUCAAAUAAUUGGGGGCUUUUCCUGACGGGCAGCAGGCACGCAAUUCGAGCUUAAAUUAGUGAUGAUAUCUGUAUUGAGAGUUGUUGGUAAUUAAUAAACAUGGGUUCGGGAUGAAGUACUCCCAUACAGGUCACACUUUGCCCCAUAGACUCUUGUUACUCCUUAAACCGGGGAAUUAGACAUGUAGAGAGGUCUUUCCACCUCUCCAGUACCCAAGGGGGAUUAUCACCUCCACUCACAACCUUGGGGGAUUUUGAACCCCUAGAGAGGAUUAUCACACAGCUUCACACUAUUCUGGGAUAUUAUCACCCCCAAGAGAGGAUUAUCACCUCUCACUAUCCUGGGGGAUUAUCACUCCCUAGAGAGGAUUAUCACCUCUCCCCUUGUAGAUUUCGGACUGUUACACCAAUAUGUAGAGAAAAGUGACCUGCUGUCCAUAUUUGGAGUACUUCAUCCCUUACCCCUUUUCCCCAUAAUAAUUCUGUUCUAGUUACUUGCUUUUAUCUAAGGGGUUUUGGGUUGAGAGCAUUAAUAUAGUAUAUUUUAUGUGAAGACAUUUUUUUUUUCUCGUAACGUAUUUAUUUUACAGUUUUGCGUUUGAAUUACACAAUCAAACUCUUUCAACCAAGACCAGUGGGUUUUUACUUGUAUUAGAAUAACUUCAUUCAUCUUUUUUUUGUUUUAGACAUCAACGAAUGUUUUACCAACCCUCAUAGCUGUGACGUAAAUGCGGUGUGUGGCAAUACUCUGGGUUCUUACACAUGCGCUUGCAAACCAGGAUACUCGGGUAAUGGAAGAACAUGCUCUGGUAAGUUGAAUAGUGUAAUUUAAAAACAAAGUGUUAAGCUAAAUUUGUCUUUAGCAGUAUAUGAAGCAAUUACCCGACGCAAAAACUCACAAAAUCUGAUGACACUACUGUUUGUAACCCAGUUAAACAGGCAACGAUGGGUGUUCAUAAAAAAUACAUCAAACUAAAAGCUAAAAUACACCAGAUGAAUUUCUAAAAAUAUAUCUAUUCGAUAAAGUAGUAAAUAUAGUUUCUUUUAUAAUUUUUUUCUUGUAACGUAUUUAAUGUAUAUCAUAUUGAUUGGUUUCUCAAAGAUAUUACCUUGUAAGCUACUUCAAAAUUCGAGUGCAAAUAUAAUAAAAAUUACGUAUGUAUGCAAACUACUAGCUUUAAAAUUUUUGUAAUGGCAACAACAUGUUUGUAUGUAGAUAUCGACGAAUGCACUACCAACUCUCACAGCUGUGACGUCAAUGCGGUGUGUAGUAAUACUGUGGGAUCUUACGCAUGCGCAUGUAAAGCAGGAUUCACAGGAGAUGGAAACACCUGCACUGGUGAGCCGUUUAAGUCUAAUUGA